CGGAUGUCUAUCGCGCCGGAAGAGAAGACGGUCCUUUCCCAGCCAUCUUGUGGCUUCACCUAGCGAAGUGCUCGCACCAAGCCUCGUAGAAUCGGAGGAAAAUCCUGCUGAAGGGGCGCCAUCAUGCCCGGACAAAUGCAAGAAGGUUUUGGCUGUGCCAUAACCAAUCGGUUCGACCAGUUAUUUGACGACGAGUCGGAUCCGUUUGAGCUGCUGAAGCAAGCCGAAGUAAAGAAGAAGAAGGAGGCUUCUGCCCCUGGUGCCGCCAAGACUGCAGCCCAGGCUGCCAAGCAGCCCAAAAAGGAGUCUCAGAAAGAGAGAAAGGCCCCCUUGGCUGAUAAGAAGGAGGAGACCCAGGCCGUCCCGCUCAAGAAAGAUGCAUCAGGAUUUGACCUAGUUCCAGGAGGUGCUGGAAUGAGGAGAAUGGGCCGGAAGCCGGAGGGUGAGGGGUCCAGACCCCAGGGCGGCCAGGGAGAAGGACGCCCCGCAACAGACAGACGGCCAGCGGAGAGGCGGCCACCUCGUCGCUUCGAGAGGCCUGCUGGCGACUCUGGCGAGAAACCUGAGGGUGGUGAAUUUUCAGUGGAGAAGCCCGUCAGCGACAGGCCAAUGAGGGGACGCGGUGGCGGUAGGGGAGGCCGCGGAGGCAGGGGUCGCGGCAUGGGUCGCAGCGAUGGCUUUGAUUCCCGAGGAAAACGUGAAUUUGAUCGGCACAGCGGCAGUGACAAAUCUAGUUUGAAAGGAGAAGAGAAGCGUGGUGGAAGUGGAUCUCACAACUGGGGCACCGUUAAGGAUGAACUGAAUGAGCUUGACCAAUCAAACGUCACUGAAGAAAACCCUGAAGGAGAGGAGCAUCCAGCUGCCGACUCUGAGAACAAAAGGGAGAAUGAGGUUGAAGAAGUGAAGGAAGAAGGCCCCAAGGAGAUGACUCUGGAUGAAUGGAAGGCCAUGCAGGACAAGGACCGCGCCAAGGUAGAAUUCAACAUCCGCAAGCCCAACGAGGGAGCUGAUUGGAACAAAGGAUUUGUGCUCCACAAGUCCAAGGCAGAAGAUAAGAAAGGUGAUCUGAUUGACCCUGAGGUUGAGGAGCCGAAGGGAGAUGAUGAGCACCACUGCAGGAAGCCAGCCAAUGACAUUACGUCACAGCUGGAGAUCAACUUUGGAGACCUGGGCCGUCCAGGCCGUGGACGUGGUGGACCACGUGGUGGCCGUGGAGGUGGAGGUGGAGGUGGAGGUGGCCGUGGCCGCGGCGAAGCCACCAGGCCAAUGCGUGGUGGAAGGUCUGACAAGUCAUCUACGUCUGUGCCAAACGUGGACGACCCAGAGGCCUUCCCAGCCCUGGCUUAAGCCAUGGUUGCUAAUCCUCAGGCCUACAGGAGCCUCCUGAGCACCUCCACUACGAGGCUUGCAUGUUCCUGGAUCCUUCAGCAGAGUGAACCAAUGGAGAAGACUGUCAUUUACUAUGACACUCAAUGUGAGGACUGAGUUUUACCCAAUAAAAACAAAACGAAGAUGGAAAAAAAAAACAGAAAUUAACAAAAAAAAACAAAAAAAUAAAAGGACUUCUUGCUACUCUGGAGCAACUUAUUGGUAGAGGUUUUGUACUUGGAAACAAAGUAGCAGGGAUGUUUUCAUACAGUAUUUUUUUCAGAGGUUAUGCAUUGUCCAUUGAUAAAUUUUUGUAAUUGCUGCUUGAAAAUAUGCAUUUUGAAAGAGUAUCUUUAGUGUGGUGUGUGCCAUUGCUUUCUCGCUUUAAACUAGGCACUGUGGAGCUCCAACCCAAGCUCAUAAGCUCUGCCACACCAGGUAUUUCAGAUGACGUUACAGCUUCAGUCAUUGAGAUUUAUGGAUUUUUUUUUUUUCUUUAGCACUGGGAUAUUGUUUUAUAUUUUGUACAGGAGGUCUAUUCUUGUAUGAUCUUCAGCCUGUAAAUCGUAACUAUUUUCAUAGAUUCUUUCAGAGACUGUAUUUCACAUGGUGCAAAUAGGAUGCAUCUUGAUCUUUGAUCAAAAGGUGCUACCUAUCUUUGAAUGCAUUGAUGAAAUGGCGCCUAAAUCUGAAUUUAAGGUUCUUUUUGUACUGAAGAUGUUUUGAAGGAGUAACAUUAGGACAUUUUGGAGGAGCACGCUGGUGAUAACUCUUAAAUUUGCGCUGAUCGUGAAACAUUGGUCAGGUGAAUUUAUUAGCAGCUCAAAGAUAUUUCACAUUUUCUCGUUACUUGUUAUUUGAAGUGCAAACCUCGGUCUAAUGUAUCUUCCUCCUUGCCCAUUUCAUCUUUGAUCACUGGCCAUGUGCGAGUCAAUUAAUGCCUUUCUUUUUACUUUAGAGCGAUAAGGGGAGGAAGUGUUUUUACACAGUUGAGAUUUGACCCUCUCCAACUGUUUACACACUCCACUCUGGUAUCCUUUUACAGAUGUAAACUCAGCCCAGCUUCAGUUUGUUUCUGCAGUCUGUUCUGUGCUGAUAUUUUCCUCCACUGUUGACUUGCCCUGUAGCUUCCACAGUGGCACCACUGCAUAAUUGCUCUGAAAGAAAUACAGUUGUCCAUUGUGUGGAACAACAGAAGUUCUCUACAAAUGUGUGAAUUCUAGCCCUGCUAUUGGAGACCUCUGUCGGUAAAUAAAGGUGGUCGAUAAAUUUU